GCUAAAGAAUAUUACGAGGAAGCACUUGACAUCGCGAUAGAAACUGGCAAUGUACGAGGAGAAAGGGUAACUAACAGGAACCUCGCAAGUGUGUUUUGUUCCCUUGGCGAAUAUCAGAAGGCUAAAGAAUAUUGCGAGAAAGCACUUGACAUCGCGAUAGACAUUGGCGAGAGACUAGGAGAGGGUGACGAGUGCGAUGCUCUUGGAAAUGUUUAUUAUGGGCUUGGAAAAAAUCGGCUCGCUAAAGAAUAUUGGGACAAAGCAGUCGGCGUCAGUUUAGCAACUGGUGACAGAAUGCUAGAAGCCGACGCUGCUUUUAGUCUAGGGCGUGUAUUUGCUUCUGUGAAUGACAAUGAGAAGGCAAAAGAACAUUUUGAGAGGGCGUUGACCAUCAGCAGAGAAUGUGGCUUUAGAGGACUCGAACCAAGAAUUUACCUACACCUUGGAAACUUAUCCCAAUCGCUUGGUGAAUAUGGCAAGGCAAAAGAUUAUUUAGAGAAAGCGUGCUCCCUAAGCAGUCAAUUAGGAGAGAAAAUCUGCGAGUUUAAGAGCUUUCUCAGUAUUUCUUUGCUAAAAAUAGAGCAUUCAGAGAUUGUGGAUGCAAAGAAACACCUCCUUCAAUGCAUUGGAAAAUACGAACAAAUCAGAACUUCUCUGAAAAGAAACA